AUGAAGGAUAAGUGGAAAUGGAUAGGGAACUCUUCAGGAACCUUUUCGGUUGGCUCGCUCAAAACUCAGAUGAACAAGGAUUAUGACAACAGUAGAAACUUCUGCAUGAGAUGGUGUAAGUGGGUUCCAGCUAAGUGCAACAUCCUUAUUUGGAGGGCUGAAUUCGACCGCAUUCCGACGAAGGUAGCGCUUAUAAAGCGGAGAGUGAUGCUGGAGUCUGAUGUUUGCUCGAUGUGUAAUGAUGGUCCGAAAUUGUCAAAGCAUUUAUUUACUUCUUAUGAGGUGUCGUACAGGGCUUGGCUUAGCAUCAGGAAAUGGUUCAAGUUGCCGCAUUUCAUACUUUUCUCUAUCAGAGACAUUUUAACUCUGUAUGAGACUGCUAAUAUGGAUAAACGAAAAGCGGACAUCUUGCACGGGAUAAUGAUAAUGGCAUGUUGGUGUAUGUGGAAAGCUAGGAAUGAAAAAGUUUUUAAUAAGAAGGAUUAUGCAGCGGACCGUAUCUUUGGUGACAGUAGGUCUUUCGGUUUUAUUUGGUUAAAACAUAGGUCUAAACAUAAAGCGUUAUCGUGGAACAAUUGGUGUAACUACCCCUUGUAUAUGAUGGAUUUGUAA